AUAUAUUACACUUUUGGUGAAGUUUUCUGCAAAACUUGAAAAAAAAUGAGUUAGGCGAUUAUCUUAACAGGGUGACGUUAUAAAUAAGUCAUGACCGCAUGGUCAUCGUAAAUUUAUGUUAAUGUCAUACUUGUACUUCCGGUUCAGCUGUUGAACUAUUGACGGCGUCCGCCAUUUUGAUUCCAAGUAUCUUGCGCGCAAUAGAUGGUGUCAGCUGGGCCAUCAGUAGAUAUCGUAGUACUUUAAAUAAAGGCUACACUUGUUGGAGAAAUGCUUUCAGCAGCCCAGUUACUCGAUGAGUUAAUGGGCCGAGAUAGAAACUUGGCCCCUGACGAAAAGCGAUCCAACGUGCGAUGGGACGACGAGAGCAAGGUAUGCCGAUACUAUCUGUGUGGCUUCUGCCCAGCGGAACUAUUCACAAACACCCGCUCUGACUUGGGCCCUUGUGAGAAGAUCCAUGAUGAAAAUCUUAGAAUAACGUAUGAGAAAAGCUCUCGGUUCAUGAAGGAGGGCUAUGAGCGGGACUUCCUGCGCUAUUUGCAGUCACUCCUGGCGGAGGUGGAACGGCGGAUUCGAAGAGGGCAUGCCCGGCUUGCACUUUCUCAGGCUCAGCAGAAUGCAGGGGGUCCUGGUCCAUCAGGAAAGAAUGAAGAGAAGGUCCAGGUUCUAACAGAGAAGAUUGAAGACUUGGUCUUACAGAUUGAGGAGCUGGGGUCGGAGGGCAGAGUGGAGGAGGCCCAGGGAAUGAUGAAGCUGGUGGAGCAGCUGAAGGAGGAGAGGGAGCUGCUCAGCUCCACCCCCUCGACUAUCGAGAGCUUUGCAGCCCAAGAGAAACAGAUGGAGGUGUGUGAGGUGUGUGGGGCCUUCCUUAUAGUGGGUGACGCACAGUCCAGAGUUGACGACCACUUGAUGGGCAAGCAACACAUGGGCUAUGCCAAGAUCAAAUCCACUGUGGAAGAGCUCAAGGAGAAGCUACGACGUCGCUCAGAGGACCCGCAAAGCGAAAGCCCAGCGCUCAAGAAGGACAGAGAAGACCGGGAGCGUGAGAGGGAGGAAAGGGAGAAAAAGCGCAAAGAGGAGGAGGAAAAGGAGAUCGCAAGGGAGAAGGAGCGUGAAAAAGAGAAGGAGCGAGAGAGAGAGCGGGAGCGAGAGAGGGAGAGGGACAGAGAUAGAGACAGGGAUAGAGACAGGGAGCGGGAACGGGAACGGAGGGCACGCCGGAGCCACUCUCACAGCCGCCACUCCAGUCGAACAUCAGACAGGAAACGGAGCCGAUCCAGGGAUCGCCGGAGGUCCAGGAGCAGAGACAAGGACAGGGAGAGGGAACGCAAACGGAGCAGAAGCAGGGACAGGGAGAGGGAGAGGAGGCGAAGCCGUGACCGCUCUGACAGAAAGCGCCGCUCCCGCAGUCGUGAGAGGAGGAGGUCGCGCAGCUCAGACCGCAAAUCUCACCGCCAUCGCAGCCGCAGCAGGGACAGGGACAGAGAGGAGAAGAAAGACAAGGACAGAGAGCGGUCAUCAAAAGAUAAAGACCGUAAGGUGACGGAGGAGAGGAGCAGCUCUAAGAAAGACAAGCAUACUGACGGUGACGCAACUGCCGCCAAGGCUUCGUCAGAAGCGGAACCGAUGGAGACAGAGGCGGCUGCCUCUACCUCCGCCUCCCCUCUGCUUAACGGCCAGCAAGAGCUCCUCCAUUCUGAAGGUGACACUCAGUCCAAUUAAAACUGAUCUGAUAGGACCUCAGAUCAGGCUCAGGGGAAGCUGGGAUAUCUGGUGGAGGAAGAAGCGGAAGAGCGCACCCAUCCUUUCCCUGAACCUGACACUCCGCUGCUUAAAAACAAGGUGAACCACAAAUGUGUAGUGGCUUAUUUAAAAACACGAUGUUCCAUCACCUGUCUUAUCUCUUGGCUGGAUGAGGGUAGUUGUGGUUCAUCUGAUGUAUUUCUUGGUCUAGAUGUCAGCCAGGCAUCACUCUGAAUACCAAACUUAGAGAAGUUCAUAAUGGGUUUUUGUGUUCAUAUUUUGAAAAUCUUUACACUUCCUCCUUGUUUUUUGACAUUAAGUGAAAAUGAAAUUAUAAAAAAAAGAAAUCAGUGCUUGUGGUUUGUUUUGGUUUGUCAGGUUCCAAUUCACUCCCUGACCUUCUUUUUAAAAAGUCAGUUGAAAGCGUAUGUACAAUGUUAGUCCAAUGACGGGGCGUGUCUCAGUUCUCCUCCACUUAGAGCUCACAUUGAUUGCUCUUGUCCCCUUAAUGUAAAAAUACUGAUUUAAUUUUGAUCAAAAUAUUUCAAAGACUGAAGAUUUGUUUAAUUUUGCUCUGCUUUUAAUGUCCAUGUUGUCUCGAUGAAUAAAAGUAAAAACUUG